AUGGCAGGUCGAGGUGGAGCCGCUCGCUGCCUCCGCUCGGCCCCCACCGCCGGAAACAAAAUCUGCCAGUUUAAACUUGUUCUCUUGGGAGAGUCGGCGGUGGGGAAGUCCAGCCUCGUCCUGCGCUUCGUGAAGGGGCAGUUCCACGAGUACCAGGAGAGCACGAUUGGAGCUGCCUUCCUAACACAGACCGUCUGUCUGGAUGACACAACGGUGAAGUUUGAAAUCUGGGACACGGCGGGACAGGAGCGGUAUCACAGCCUGGCACCGAUGUAUUACCGCGGCGCCCAGGCAGCCAUCGUCGUCUACGACAUCACUAACACAGACACAUUUGUACGAGCCAAGAACUGGGUGAAAGAGUUGCAGAGGCAGGCUAGCCCCAAUAUUGUAAUUGCACUAGCGGGAAACAAGGCAGACCUUGCCACCAAGCGAGCUGUGGACUUCCAGGACGCACAAACGUACGCGGAUGACAACAGCUUGCUGUUCAUGGAGACGUCGGCCAAGACAGCGAUGAAUGUGAACGAAAUCUUCAUGGCGAUAGCCAAGAAACUGCCAAAAAAUGAACCCCAGAACGCUCCUGGAGGCCCAGGGAGGAAUCGGGUGGUUGACCUGCAGGAGAGCAGCCAGCCUAGCAGGAGCCAGUGCUGCAGCAAUUGAGCAGCCGAUCCCGCCGGACGGAGCCCUGGAAUGCCGUGACUGGAAUCCACGCUAACAAUCGCACUUACCGUAGAGCGGCCGCUGCUGGUGGCUGCUGUGAUUUCUCCAUCCCUUUCUGAUCAUAGGCUGGAGGGAGUUCUUCCACCUGCACCUUUCUGUACAAAUACUAAUUCAAUUCUAAGUCUUAAGUCACUUUUUUAAUAUAUGAACUUCUGCUCUUCCCUCUUCCUGGCGGUGGUGGGUGCGCGACCUGGUGUCUGCCCAGCCAGCUCCUCCCCAGCCGCGCCGGGGGGGCGGCAGCACCCGGGUCCCACGGCACUGUAGUUCACUAUGGGGAAACAAAGGGAUAUCGAGAGGAGAUGCCCUUGUUGGAAAUCACCCGUGUGUAAAGGCCGAGGCUAAGCCGGUCAGAUAGGCCUAGAACAACCACUAAACUGUAGCAUUAGAGUGACAAACUCGGGCUUCUCAGCCACUUGUUGACCAAAUCGAUCGAGUAUUCUGGGGUGGGGCGGAGGGAAGCGAAACUGGUUUCUUCUGUAUUUUGUAUUGUAUGUUUCUUCAUGUAACCAAUCAGUAUCUCGUCAAUAUAGUACCUACAACUA